AUGGAACUUUUACAUUUAGCGGCCUGCGUUCGCUAUGACUUUGUCACGAAGCUCGCCUCCGCCAAAGAAGAUUACUACAUCCUCUUGGCUGAUUCCUCCAACUGGUGCACGAUCGAGGCUUACAUCGCAAUAUUCUGCGGUAGCGCUCCCUCUCUCUUCGUCCUGAUCAAAACCUACAUCCCGGCUAUAUUUGGAUCCACCACUGCCCGCUACCCAACCACCAUGCAGUCGGCCAGAGCGAGCUAUCUGCAGCGACGGGGUCCCCCGAGGAGAAAUCGACGUCAGGGACUGCGCGAUACGACGCUAGGUAGUCAGGAUGCCAUCAUUCCUGUCAGCAAUCCCGAUUCAGAUCAGAAUGGGAUCAUAGUAAAGACAGAUAUAGAGAUGCAUGUGGUGACAGGAAAGUCAACGGAGGAUAAGGCUCAUACAACACAGCAUUAUAACUUUUCACGGCCGAUCUGA